UAACCGAGCAGCUCUUCACCUCUACUCCAACACCCUCAACUUCCUGAUCAGUGAGGUGGAGCCCAAGUACUACGCCGACGGGGAGGACGCAUACGCCAUGAAACGGGACCUAACCCAGAUGGCAGAUGAGCUGAGACUGCAGCUGGAGCUGAAGGAGCGGAGCCGGCAGCUGGUGCUCGGCCCCCUGGAGCCCAAGGCCUGUGCGGGGGGCCCCGAGGACAGCGGAGGGGACAGCAAGGACGUGAGCGAGGCCACGGAGAGCACGGACGUCAAGGAGAGCUCCGAGGCCUCCGACUCGGCCUCCUAGGGCCCCGCCAGCCCAAUAAAUGGUCCUGCUGAGA